AUGUCUCAGGCAAUACACGAUGAGGAGGCAGUUCUGAGGUUGAAGGAAUUGUCAGCGUGGGCAUUCUCAUGCAUACAAAUGGAGAUGGAGAUGGAGAAUCUUUUCAGAUGCGUCGACGACGAUCGCCACGCGAAAGCACACCCAUUUUUGUCUCAAGUCGGCUUGAACCGUAUUCACGGAUUUCGCUACAAGAUAUGUCGAGUUACCGGGAGAAUCGCCCUUCAGAAGUCCCCUCGCUACCGGGCCCUAUUCUUCCCUCUGUCGAUUGGAGCAGGGAGUCGCAGUAUAGGGUCAGGGGGACUGGUGGCGAAUUUUGGAGUGCUUAAGCCGGGACAUUGGGCUGAAAUAAGGAAUUUCUUGGUUGUCGAUGCUCUUAUGGAUUGCCUCAUUGUCCUUUUACCGGAAUCGACGUUCCCUGUGGAGAUACAAGGCCAAAGCCGGAUGAUCGAGAACACUCUUCGAUACUAG